AUGGAGGGCGACAUCGAGGACCCUGAGGGGUGGCUGCUGCUGCCGUACUCCCUGUCGCUCGCUGGGGCCGCGAUGUUCCUCCUCAUGUCCAUCUGGAUGGCCAUGCACGCGGCUGUCAUCGCGCAGAGCUACGAGGUUCGCAUCCUCACGCAGCUAGUCCGCCUGCCGCUACCCACCUGGCGCGAGAUCGAGGCCUGCCGCACCUACGCCUCCGAGUUUGAGUCGGUGGACGUUCGCCAGAUGCUCCGCGUGCCUCUGGCAAUGGGCAGACAGGACCGCCUCGUGCGGGGCGGGGCCACCGAGGGCGCGGCGGCACCGCCGGGCGCGCGCAGCGCCGACCCGUGGGGCUUCGAGCGGCCGGGCGAGGACAUCGGGGAGCUGGGUUCUCGUCACGGCCUCGAUGUCGCCCGGCUACGGCACAUCCGGCUCACGCGGCAGGCGAUGGCGUGUUGGCAGUCGCACGACGCCUUCGCCCGCAUCUGCAUGAACCUCGGGGUGCACCAGCUCUUCCUUGCGCUCGCGUACUUCUUGUGCGGCUACGCGGCCACUAACAUGCACUGCAACUCCGUGUACGCGAUGAGCGUCGUGAUACUCCUCAUGCUCGCGGACACGAUACUGCGGCUGGACAUGUCGCUGUCCGUCGCCCAGCUGCGGUGGCUGGAGAUUGUCCUGGCGGCGGGGCCGCUCACAAGCCUCGUGGCGGUCGAGCUCCCCCAGAUUCUCUGGGGCAACUUCUACCUCACAGAGGUAAUGAUGGUGUUCGCCUACAUCUUCCACGGGUGGUUUUUGAAGAUGCUAGCGGGGCACCUUCAUGUUGAGCAUGCCUGCCAAGUUGGCGACGAGGAGAGCACGGUGCUGCCCACCGCCUUCAGGUCGGUGCUGUACCUCGACGUCUUCGGCUGGUUCCAGACGGCGCAGCAGGCCGACCAGCUGGGCAUGCACGACGCCGGCGGAGCCGCCGCGGAGGCCGCCACCUCGGACCCGCCGCCCGAGGGGCCGGGCCGCACGCGCCCCUGGCCGCGGGCCGCCGGCGCCGCGGGGCCGCCGGCCAGUCUCGGGGCAGAGGAGGCGCUGGCCGCGCGGAGAAGCGCGGGGCCGCUGGCAGACGGGGCGGGGCUGAACGCGCCUUCGGCGCAAUGA